UCUGCUGACAGACAUUUCGUUCUGUUUUUCUUCUAGAUAACACGCAGUUCCAAAUCACAAUAGAAAUUAAAGGAAGAUUUAAGAAAUAAAUUAUAAUUAAUAAUUUCAUUAACUUCGCGUUACAAUAAACAUUAUGUCUCUAACUCGAGCAUCAAGAAUUUUACAAAGCCAAAUAAAGCGAGUACAAUCGGUGCCAGCCGCAUUUUAUCAUGAAAAUGUAGUUGAACACUAUGAAAAUCCUCGUAAUGUUGGCUCUAUGGAUAAAAAAGAUAAAAAUGUAGGCACAGGCCUAGUUGGUGCUCCGGCGUGUGGGGACGUAAUGAAAUUGCAAAUCAAAGUCGAUGAAAAUGGCAAAAUAAUCGAUGCCAAGUUCAAGACCUUUGGUUGCGGUUCUGCAAUUGCAUCAAGCUCAUUGGCUACCGAAUGGGUAAAGGGAAAGACAAUCGAUGAAGCUGGCAAACUCAAGAACACGGACAUCGCUAAGGAAUUACGUCUUCCUCCUGUUAAAUUACAUUGUUCCAUGUUGGCCGAAGAUGCAAUUAAGGCUGCUCUAGCUGACUACAAAGUAAAGCAGCAGACAACUGAUGCGCAGUAGAUGCAAACAAAUUUAGACAGAGUGUGGAUGGAUGAUAAUAGCUUCUUCGAGAGUAAAUGCAGAGCGAGAUAUUUUUCUAAAGAAAACAAUAUUAACAAUUAAUACUGUAUUAUUAAAACUUCUGUAGAAUUUAGAAAUGUUUUUGAAGUAAAUUAUGAAAUAUACUUAUUAAAACUUGCGCUUCUUAUCAUA